AUGGCGUCGGGCGGCGGCGAUGCGCGGGGGCGUCGCGUGGCGUUUCGCCUGGUGACCGGGAAGACGUUCCACAUCGAAUGCCCCCCGGGAUGUCGCGUCGACCAGGCGGCCGCUCUGCUGGGCACCGCCACAGGAACGUCGCCCCCGAUGCUCUUCGUGGGCGGACGGAAGCUCUCCCCCGCGGAGAAGAUCGAUGACCUCGGGAUCGACUCGUUCGUUACGGCUGUGCCUGUCGCGGUCUCCGCUCCGCGUCGCGACGUGCCGAGCGCGGACAAGGCGGCGCGCGGCGAGCAGGGUUCGGCCGCGCCCGCCGCGACGCGGCACUCUUCCUUGUACGAGGACCUCCUGGGGGAGCUGGAGGGAGCCAAGGACGCGCCCUCGCCGAAAGCCACCCCGCAGAAGCCGCGGGAUCGCCCGCACGGCACGGCGCCGCGCACAUCCAGAGUGGCCCGGCGGCUGCUGGCACCGGAAGCGGACGCGGGCGACGCCGGCGGCGGCGCCGAGCCCGCGCCGCCGAAGCGGGUGCGCCGCACGGUCAAUGCGACGGACACGGCGGGCGCGUCGCCGGCGACGGGCGCGGGGGCAACGCCGCCGCUUGCGUCCCUGGUGGGCAAGCCAGUGGAAGGCCCCCUCGGCGUGGCACUGGAGGGCGCGGACGUCGGGGAGGAGGCCGAGGACGCGAUCAAGCGGUUCACGGCCAUGAGCGCGGCGCACGACCUUCUGCUGCGGCACCGCGUGCAGCCGACGACGUGCAACCUCGCGGCCGCGACCGCCGCCGCGCUGGGCGACGGGCGCGGCGCAACCGCCGACCACGUGCGCACGCUUGCACGCGCGUGUCCUGGAAGCAUCUACCUCGGCCGCGGCGACCGCUCCGAGGGCGGCACGGGCACCAACGGCGUCAUGGCGCCCGCGUGGUGCAACGCUUGCCCGGAUGGGUGCAGUGCGAUCGACCUGCCGGACCCGGGGCUGAAGGCGUGGCGCGGCCGCGGGGGCGCGCCGAUCGGGCAGCACCAGCGGCGCGUGGCGGCGCUGCGCCAGGCGCUUGCCGUGGCGGCGGGCCUCGCUACAGAGGGCCGGCGCGGCAACUCGCUGGCUGCGCUCGCGGCCGCCGUGGACGCGGUUCGGCCGAAACAGAAGCCGGAGGAUAAGCAGGAGGAGGGGGGCGAGGCACGGGACGACGCCGCGCGCCAGAAGGCGGAGGCGGACGACGGUGCUCCGGUGUCGCGGGCUCUGAAAGCGGCGGUCUCGCCGCAGAAGGGCAGUCGGCACCUUCGGGGCGCGCCGGACGACCGGAAGUGUACGGGCACGGAGGCCAUCGCGUGCCACGCGCUGCUGGACCACCUCCGCGACCAGGCGUGGUACCAGGAUCAGAUUGUGUGCGUACAGGACGUGCCGCCGCGGCUGGCGCGAUUCGCGGAGACCGCGGUGCCGCUUCCGGACGUGGUGCUCAAGGCGCUGUCGCAGCGCGGGGCGCCGAAGCUGUUCGUCCACCAGGCGCGGGCGAUCAACGCAGUGAUGUCGGGCCGACACGUGGUGGUGUGCACUGGCACCUCGAGCGGCAAGUCUCUGUGCUACAACGUGCCGAUCGUGGCAGCUUUGGAGUCGGAGCCGGAGACGUGCGCGCUCUUCAUGUACCCGACGAAGGCGCUCGCGCAGGACCAGCUGCAGGCGCUCCGCGGGCUCGUGCGCGCUGCUUUCGGCGACAAGGCGCCCGCGGUAGAAAUAUACGAUGGAGACACCCCCAUGUCGGAGCGACCCAUCCUGCGUCAGCGCGCACAGCUGCUCCUGACCAACCCAGACAUGCUGCACCGGACGAUCCUCCCGGACCAUGCGUCCUUCACGCGCUUCCUGGCGAACCUCAGGUUCGUCGUUUGCGACGAGGGCCACUCAUACCAGGGGGUGUUUGGGUCCCACACUGCGCUGGUGCUGCGGCGCCUGCGGCGCAUCUGCGAGCAGACCUACAGCCGCAAGCCCGUCUUCAUCGUGACGAGCGCGACGAUCGCGAACCCCGAGGUGCAUUCCGCGCGGCUCAUCGGCGACCCCGCGGGCGUCGAAGUGAUUUCCGAGGACGGCAGCCCAUGUGGCGCGAAGAAGUACGUGCUGUGGAACCCCCCGCUCACCGCCGCGGCGCAGCGGCUGGCUGCCGAAGCCGCGAUGAAGAAGGCGGCCAAGGCCAGGCGUGGCGAGGGCGCUGGCGCGGAUUCCUCGAAGGAGGCGGAGCUGCUGGCUCGCGCGGCGCUUGGGAAGCGCCACGGGCUAGAAAUGGCCGCGAACGCGAACUCGAGCCCGCGGAAGGCGUACCGCAGAGUCAGUCGCGGCGGCAGGCGAGUUGCGAGCAAGCAGGACGAGGGCGGGGGCGUGGUGACGCCGUGGGGCACGGACCCGGCAGAGAAACGGUGCAGCCCGAUCGUGGAGAUCGCGACGCUGCUGGUCGAAUGCAUCCAGCACAAUCUCAGGACGAUCGCGUUCUGCCGGUCGCGGAAGAUGUGCGAGCUGGUCACGGCGUACGCCCGCGAGGCGCUCCAGACGACGGCGCCGCACCUCGUCAACACGGUCUCCGUGUACCGGGCAGGGUACGCGGCGCAGGAUCGUCGCGACAUCGAGAGGGCUCUCUUCGGCGGGCGCCUGCGCGGCGUCGCGGCGACGAACGCGCUCGAGCUCGGCGUGGACGUCGGCGACCUCGACGUCACGCUGCACCUCGGUCUGACGGGCAGCGCGGCGUCCCUGAAGCAGCAGGCGGGCCGCUCGGGCCGCCGCGGGCAGGACUCUCUGGCGGUGUUCAUCGGCUUCGACUCCCCCCUCGACCAGUACUUCAUGUCGGACCCGCAGCGGCUGUUCUCGCUGUCGGUCGAGGCCGCGUGCAUCGACCCGGAGAACCCGCAGCUGCUGGAGCAGCACAUUCGUUGCGCAGCGAACGAGCAGCCGCUGGUGCGCUCGGUCGACGCGCAGUACUUCGGGGCGUUCGCGAUGCGCGAGACCGUAGACGUGCUCAUUCGCGAGGGCUGGCUGCGGCACGCCCCCGACUCGGGCCGGCCUGGGUCGCUGCCGCAGCUGCGCUACAUCGGGGCCGCCGCGAACCCGGCCGCGGACAUCGGCCUGCGGUCGAUCGACCCGGAGCGCUACAUCAUCGUGGACGAGGCCACGGGGAUCGUCCUGGAGGAGAUCGAGUCCUCGAAGGCCUUUUUCGAGGUGUAUGAUGGUGCGGUGUAUAUGUACCAGGGGCGCACGUACCUGUGCAAGAAGGUGGACCUCGAGACGCACGUGGCGACCGUGCGCCAGGCGGACGUGAAGUACUACACCCGGCCGCGCGACCGCACGCGCGUGUACGUGCAGGGCGGCACCGGCAACGCGGCCUACUCGGCUGCGUCCGCGGCGGUCUUCGACGACCCGGGCGACAUCACGACGCCCUGCGCAGGCUGCACGGUCGUCACGCACUGGGACGGAUUCAACAGGAUCUGGCGGGGCAGCGGUGUUGUGUUUGACUCUGUGGACUUGCACCUCCCCGACAGCAGCUUCGACACCCUCGCGACGUACAUCCGCGUUCCCCACGAAGUCCGCAAGCAGCUCACCGCGCUCGGCUUCCCCUUCUCCGACAGCCUGCACGCCGCGGCGCACGCAACGCUCGCCGCGCUGCCCCUCCUCGUCACGUGCUCCCCGACUGACAUGGGCGCGGAGUGCGGCGACUUCAGCGACCGCCACUACCGCCCCGAGCGGCUGCUGCUGUUCGACAAGAACCAGGGCGGCGUCGGGCUCGCGCGGCAGGCCUCGAAGGUGUUUGGCAAGCUGCUUCAGAGGGCCAUCGAGAUCAUUUCGGGCUGCCCGUGCACCGCGGUGGGAGGGUGCCCUGGCUGCGUGCACCUGACGGAGUGCCGGUCGUACAACGGGUCGAUGAACAAGGAGGGCGGCGUGGUGGUGUUGCAGGCGAUCUUGAAGGCUCAUACCGACGGCAAGGGGGCGCUGGGCGGGGGCGAGACGCCCGCGGAGGGGGACCAGGUGGGCUAG